AUGACCUCGCGCGUUUCCAAUUCGUCGCGCCGUCCCUCGCUGUCUGCCAGGCGCCUAUCUAGACGUCUAUCCACCUUCUCCAGCCUCGAACAUGGCGAGCCCCGACCUCAGGUUGCCCCGGUCGAGCAGGCCAUUACAGAAGAGAUUGCCGAGAUAAAGCGCUAUGAAGACUUUACUACAAUCGACUGGGUUCAAGAUGCGGCACAAGAACAGUUGCGCAGACGCGCCCGGCGGAAACAGUCCAAGUUUUUCGAAAGAGACGGAGUGCUGGGAUGGCGCCGCAAGCUCUGGGAGUCCUAUGACGCGGCCCAAGCCUGGGUCGUGAUCACUCUGGUUGGAGUCGUAAUUGGUGUCAACGCUGCGGCAUUGAAUAUCAUUACAGAGUGGCUGUCGGAUAUCAAGACGGGCUACUGCACGACCGCCUGGUAUCUCAAUGAAGACUUCUGUUGCUGGGGUUCUGAGAACGGGUGCGACGAAUGGCGGAAAUGGACUUCAUUCAGUUUCGUGAACUAUUUAGUCUACACCAUUUUCGCCCUUUUGCUUGCUUUUGUUUCAGCUUAUCUGGUCAAAUGCUACGCGCCUUACGCGGCCGGCUCUGGAAUUUCCGAGAUCAAGUGCAUCAUUGCGGGCUUUGUCAUGAAAGGCUUCCUUGGAUUCUGGACCUUUCUCAUCAAAUCAAUCUGCUUGCCGCUGGCCAUCGCUUCUGGCCUGUCUGUCGGCAAGGAAGGGCCAAGUGUACACUAUGCCGUCUGUGUCGGCAAUGUCAUUUCACGAUUUUUCGACAAAUACCGGCGGAGUGCUUCCAAGACACGAGAGAUAUUGACAGCAACUGCCGGGGCAGGAGUCGCCGUGGCGUUCGGAAGCCCUAUUGGCGGUGUCCUUUUUUCACUGGAAGAAAUGGCCUCCCACUUUCCAUUAAAGACUCUUUGGCGGAGUUAUUUCUGCGCUUUGGUCGCAACGGCAGUGUUGGCAACCAUUAACCCAUUUAGAACAGGACAACUCGUCAUGUUUUCCGUUAAGUACGACCGAGACUGGCAUUUCUUCGAAGUCGUUUUCUAUAUCAUCCUCGGCAUCUUCGGUGGCCUUUACGGUGGCUUUGUCAUCAAAUAUAACCUCAAAGCUCAAGCCUUCAGAAAGAAAUACCUAUCCAAAUACGCCAUCCCUGAGGCCGUCGUCCUGGCGGGGGCGACAGCGAUUCUCUGCUACCCCAACAUGUUCCUGAGAAUCGACAUGACCGAAAUGAUGGAGUUGUUGUUUCGAGAAUGCGAGGGCGACAAUGAUUACAACGGGCUAUGCGAGCGUAAAAACAGACCGAUGCUGAUCGCAUCGUUGCUAUUCGCCACGCUGAUGCGCAUUUUUCUUGUCAUCAUAUCCUACGGUUGUAAAGUUCCGGCAGGUAUUUUCGUCCCAUCAAUGGCGAUUGGCGCCUCUUUUGGACGGACCUUGGGAAUCAUAGUGCAGUGGUUGUAUGAAACCUUUCCGGACUCCCGGUUUUUCUCGGCUUGCCAGCCAGAUGUGCCCUGCAUCACACCGGGCACUUACGCUUUCCUGGGUGCUGGAGCUGCCCUCAGCGGCAUCAUGCAUCUGACGAUCUCGGUCACAGUCAUCAUGUUUGAACUAACCGGCGCUCUGACUUAUAUCCUUCCCACUAUGAUCGUGGUUGGCGUUACCAAGGCCGUGGGAGAUCGGUUCAGCAAAGCCGGUAUUGCGGAUCGAAUGAUUUGGUUCAACGGGUUUCCAUUCCUUGACAAUAAGGAACAACAUACAUUUGGAGUGCCCGUGUCUCAAGUCAUGACUGCCCACGUCACGAUGUUACCUUCGAGAGGAAUGGAAGUCAAGGCGGUACAAAAGUUGCUUGAGGACACAAAAUAUUCUGGAUUUCCCAUUGUUGAAGAUGUUGAAUCGAGGAUCUUGGUCGGCUAUAUCGGACGAACCGAGCUCCAAUUCGCUAUUGACAAGGCGAAAAAGACUGGCCUGCUGGCAUCCGACGCCAAAUGUAUAUUUGUUGCAGAGGAACCCGAUGGCAGCCCGCUCAGCCCAGCUGUUUCUUUCGAAUCCAUGGCAACAAAAACCGUGGAUAUCAGCCCGUAUGUGGACUCAACGCCCAUCAGCGUGCAUCCACGGCUGCCUCUAGAAACGGUGUUGGAACUCUUCCAAAAGAUGGGACCACGUGUCAUACUUGUGGAUCACCAUGGUCGAUUAGAAGGACUGGUUACCAUCAAGGACUGUCUGAAAUAUCAGUUCAAGGUUGAAGCGCAGGAACAUGCUCACGCACUUCGGGACGAAUCAACUCCACACCACGAGCGGAUGGUCGACCUACUCAGCCGUGCGAGAGAUUAUUUUGCCGACACAAUUAACAAUCUAUCACGGGGAAGGUUGAGAUUAAGCCCUCGGGUUCGUCAUGGUUUUAGUAGAGUGUCUGGACGGGAUAGACAUGGUGAUUAUGCUGACGAUUACAAUAACGAACGGGAAAUACUGGACGGAACGGAAGAUCUUGCGGAAGACGGCGUUGAACUCGAAACUAGACCGAAUCAUUGA